GGGUGUUUUCCCUCAUCUCGUCUCCCCAGUGCUUCCCAGCUGAGACUUGCCCUCUGCUCGGAUAGAAGCUCGAGAGAGCUCGGAUAGAAUGUGAGAGACUAGAUUUCUCCUUCGCCAACCAGUCAAAAUCUUCACUCUCUGAUUUUCCUCUUCAUAAUGGACGAAGCCUUCUGCUCCAAAGCUCGGCCCAAGCAGCCUCCCCCGCAGCCUGUUGAGGCUUCUACACAGCUCGCCCCAGGAUUUCGCUUCCAUCCUACCGACGAGGAGCUGGUGAGCUAUUAUCUGAAGCGGAAGGUUUCUGGCAAGCCGAUCCGGGUUGACGCGAUUUCUGAGAUCGAUCUUUACAAGGCUGAGCCUUGGGACCUCCCACCUCUGUCGCGCCUGCGAAGCCGCGACUUGGAAUGGUACUUCUUUACCUCACUCGAUCGCAAGUAUUCUAAUCGUUGCCGUACCAACCGCGCCACUAUAGAGGGGUUUUGGAAGACGACCGGUAAAGAUCGGCCAAUCCAACGACGGUCUCGGACCAUCGGCAUGAAGAAAACCCUAGUAUAUCAUGCAGGUCGGGCACCGCAUGGUCAGCGGACCAAUUGGGUUAUGCAUGAGUAUCGGUUAGAAGAUGAGGAUCUUACCCGCUCUGGGAUUCCGCAGGAUGGCUACGUUGUGUGUCGCAUAUUCCAGAAGAAUGGGCCCGGGCCACAGAAUGGAGCCCAAUAUGGUGCGCCGUUUAUAGAAGAAGAAUGGGAGAUGGAAGAAGAAGAAGAUGCCAAACGUGUGCCCGUUGAUGUGGACCGAGACUAUGCACUAGUGGAUCAUGCUGGUCAGGAUUUUGUUGAGUUGGAAGAUUUUUUCCAGAAUCCAGACUCUGGCUAUCAAAAUUUGGAUGCUUUCCCUUCUGAAUCAAGGUCUGCUGAGCAUCAGUUUGGUAGCCGAACAGAAGAUUCAUCUAUCUUCGUGGAUGAAAUUUUGAAAACCCUGGAUUCUUUAGAUGAUAGGAUUCCGGGUGCAGAUUGUUCUGCUCCACAGUUUAUCAAUACUCCUCUUAACAGGCUUGGAGAAAUGGAAGGCCGUGAAGAUCAGUCAAUUUUUGCUUCUUUACAGAGUAAUGGAUACAUGCAGUUAGAAGAUAUUUUUGUAGAGGGUAACCCAAAUCCUAGCUCCGACGCAUGCUCAAAUUAUUGUUUAUGGGAUACAGGUAAUAAUAAUAACUCCGUGGUGAAUGACAUUAGCCCUUCAAAAAGCUUAUUUCGAAAGCCUGCUGAAGAGGAGUCGUGUUAUACUAAUUGCUCUACUAGCAUGGAUCAACUACAGUUAAGCCAAACUGUUCAGCAUGAUAUGUUUCCACAAUCUUUGGAUCCUUCGGAUACCGUGCUUUGGGAAUAUCCUUCGGGUCAAUUAGCAGAGGAUAAUUCAAUAUUUUAUGACGCACUCAACCAUGAACUUGCUUAUUCAGAAGGUGGUUUUGCGUUAGAAACUUCUUUGGCGCCUUUGGCGGACUUUGAGUUGUCCGAGGAUUUAAUGGCUUACUAUGAUGCUUCAGAUGAUAACCUAAUUUACGGUUCUCCAAACCUGCUCUCUUCAAAGUUCGAGCAGGCUAAUUCUCUUGAAUGCAUUGAGCCAAAUGAUUCUCUUGAGGUUGUUGGAAGCACCAAUUCAUCUUAUAAGGAAGUUCUUCAUGAAAAGUUAGUACUGCAGAGUUCAUCGGGGAAGCCACAAACUGGUGAUGGUUUUUCAAGUGGAUUGAAUGGUAAUCUAACUGAUGCCAAACUUAAAGAUCCUCAGGAUAAAACAUUAACAAAACGUCUUGCCUUGGGAAUAUGCCAAACUUAAAGAUCCUCAGGAUAAAACAUUAACAAAACGUCUUGCCAGUAUGCUGAAUUCAAUUUCAGCUCCUCCUGCUUUUGCCGAUGA